GUAUUCACCUUAAUAAUAAGUUUCAUUACUUGUCCAUUCAUGGUCCUUUUUAAUGUGAUGGUUAUAAUGGCUGUAAAAAGAAGACGAAGGCUUCAGACCAACAGCAACAUCUUGCUUGCCUGUCUAGCAGCAACUGAUGCCUUAACUGGUCUCAUAACGCAGCCAGCGUUUAUUCUGUGGAAAACAUUCGGGUUGACUGGUGGGGAAGACCAUAUUAGAGCUUCGCGCUUGAUCUACGCCGCAGCAAUGCAAGCCCUUUCUGCAUGCUCAUGCUUUCAUCUUAUGUUAGUGACCGGCGAGAGACUUGUAGCGAUCAAAUUUACCAUGCGCUACCCAUUUAUUGUUACCAAGAAAACCAUCACGGUGGCAGUGAUUUCGUGUUGGAUCGUUUCUCUGACACCGGUUAUUUUCAAGUUUAUGGGAGUGCCAAAAAUUCGGAGCCUCGCUGUACCCGGCUUCCUUCUUUUCGUCGUAAGCUCUUGUAUAAUAUUUGUAGUAUUUGUAUAUGCUGUUUUGUAUCUUGAAACACGACGCCAUCACAAGUUGAUCAAAGGCCGGCAGAUGCCGCAAGAGGAAGUACAAAAAUUCCUUAAAGAGAACAAAGCGCUGCAAACAACUGUAUACGUAGUUGGUGCAGUGGCGGUGUGCUAUCUCCCAUUGGCAUUGCAGAUUGCUAAUUUGCUAAAGAAACGAACAGCAAUUAUUGCCCCGGAAUGGAUUCGGACGGUUGUAUUAUUAAAUUCACUUUUAAAUCCGUUGGUUUAUUGCUGGAGACAGAAAGAAAUAAGGAAGUUUGUUUUUAAAACGAAAACGCAGGCUGUGAAUCCGCACAGUGAGUGACAUUCAGACUGAAGAUGCGCGUUAAAGAAGAAAACAGUGUAACCACGAAAAUGCACAAACAUUCCAAUUUCUUGAGGCAGGCAUGAACGACAUUUAAGGUGCGCCAGUUUUCAGCGAGAUACAAACCUCGCUCAAUAAUUUAAAAAAUUUUUUUUUCCAUAACCACUGAUUUCUAUUUCUCCUGGGGCCGGGUCAUCUGGCUCUCUUGCCUGGGUACAACGUGUAUUACUCUCGCCUCAAGAGAAAUCGAAGACAAAUUGGUUAUGAAAAAAUUGUUGGAGGUAAACAAGGUGCAUUAUGGUCCAUGUGAAAAUGGUGAAUACAAAAGACAACCGUAAUUGAAUUCAGUCUCUCUUUACUUUAAAGCUUUACCAAGUUAAGAGCUACUUAACAUAUUAAUUACAGUAUUAUCGUGUUAGUUUCCAGGCGACGUUUAUCAAACCAAUAAGGUAAAUUUCAUGUAAUGGUUUCGUCAUCUAAACAGCUGACAUACAGGAUGUCGGACACCAGAGAAGCAAUUCCUACAUUAAAGCCAGUUAACAGUUUUUUUAGCGCAACGUAUAAAAGUGGCUGUGGGAUAUAGUUCUUCACAAUAUGGACAAAAAUACUAGUUUAGAUUUGACAAACAUUACUCACGAGCUCGCAAAAACCAUCGUAGAAGAGACGACAGAAAACGUCCAAGAUUCGUCGACUGUUGUGAUCAAUUUAAUAAUUAACAUCAUCGCUUGUCCCUUCACAGUUCCCCUUAAUGUGAUGGUGAUAAUGGCUGUAAAAAGAACAACAAGACUUCAGACCAACAGCAACAUCUUGCUGGCCUGUCUAGCCGCAACUGACGCCUUAACUGGUCUCAUAACUCAGCCAGCGUUUAUUUUCUGGAACACAUUUGAGAUGACUGGAGCGAUAAACUGCAUUCCAGCUCGACUGAUCUACGGCACCGCAUUGCGAGUCCUCUCUAUGUGUUCUUGCCUACAUCUCAUGUUAGUAACUGCCGAGAGACUUGUGGCGAUCAAAUUUACCAUGCACUACCGACAUUUUGUUACUAAAGAAAAUAUUAGGGCAGCUGUGAUCUGUUCUUGGAUCCUUUCUCUAUUUUGCGAUGCACUCAGAUAAAUCAAAGUGAUAGAAGAUCGCCAGGCCUUGGCCUUUAGUCUUUUCGUCGUAAGUUCUUGUAUCGUUUUUGUAGCCUCUGGUUAUGCUGUUUUGUAUGUUGAAACACGACGCCAUCGAAAGUUGAUCAAAAUCCAGCAGAUGCCACGAGAAGAAGCAGGAAGAUUUGGUAAAGAAAACAAAGCGCUCAAGACAACUGUAUAUGUAGUCAGUGCUUUAAUGCUGUGUUUUCUGCCCAUGGCAUUACGACUUGUUAUUCACCUGAUGAAACGACCAGAAAUUAUUUCCUCGCAAUGGGUCCGCACAUUUGCCAUGUUAAAUUCCUUAUUAAAUCCGUUGAUUUACUGCUGUAGACAAGAAGAAAUGAGAAACUUUGUUUUUAAAACAAGAAGGCAGGCCGUGCAACCCCAUUGACGUUAAAACAAUGUAUCUGUUGACUUUCAAAGUCUUUUCAAGUUAUUGGGUGAGUCAAGAGACGUAGAGCUGUAGGAAUGCCUGCAGUUUUCAAACGUCGUGCUUCUGCCGUGCGUAACUCAAUUCAUAAUAAAUUAUAAAUACAUUAAUUAGAAAGCGGUUUAAAAGUUCAUUAAACCGCUUUCUUUUUUAGGUUGUGCUUUCGGCAAAAGCUACUUGAUUCGACUAAGUGAAAUUUGAGGUCUGAAACCAAGUCAUUCUACAGUAGUGCUAGAGUCGUGCUGAAUUUAAAAAGUCGAGCUACUGGAAGUUUAAAAAAGGACUAAAUAGACGCAUGAAACCACUGAGCUCAAGGUACUCAGUCAGAUCAGGAUCAGCCAGAAACAUCGAUAGGGCAGACGCCCGGGUAUGUUCUCCAGAAUAACUUAGGCGAGUGUAUUUAGGACCUGUAUUUUUUCUUACAAUUUUAGUUACAUUCAGGAAGACUUAAGGGAAAAGCAUUACGGGUACAAUUGAGAAUGGAUUUGCUUUGCAGUAGACUAACUUAAAUGUAUUCAAAUCCUUGCUUUUCGAUUUGGCUUACAGAAGUUUUAAGAUAUUAACUUUAUUUUUCAAAGUUAGAAAGGGGUUACUUAUUUCUAAGUUAAAAUUUUUCGGCGAAGUUUUGCUUCAGGUAACAACGAUACUCUUAGUCAAUUUUUGACUGUAAGUUGUAUUCAUCCAUCGAUUUUAAUGCUACCCAUCUCUUUUUUAUCAGCUGCCAUUAAAGUAUGAGGUUACAAUCCUGUCGAUAUCUCGAGAACAGUUCCAAAUAGAGGUCCGUGGCUGUUUGAGGCAUUGUCGCACAGUUUUUCAUGCCCACUUGUCCCAAGAUGGACCAACAACACUGGUUUCCCUGGUUUAAAUUCUUUAAUCAGUACUAACGAAAUUCUCACCGGAGAAAACAUGACAACAAACCAAGUUUUGCCAGCUGCUGUAAUCACUGUAAUAGUAAGCAGCAUCACUUCAUGCUCCUUUUUAAUGUUAUGGUGACUGAAUGGCAGUAGCCAAGCCUAAAAGCGGAGCUCUUGUUAAAUUCUCCACUCGCUAUAAGGCUUUUUGCAGUGAAUCUCAUGAGGAUGACUUUUGCUAAGUUUACAAGAGAGCGACGAGAGGCGGCUGUAUUCGCAGGAUCGCCUGGCCUUGGAAAGAACACUGUGUAUGAAAACGAAGUUCCUUUCCUGCUGAGUAUUGAAGAAUGUUCCUGUCCGAGUAGCAACAACGGUUCAGUAGACGUUCUCCACCUCCGACCGCACUUCCCUUCCCCCCCAAAAGGGUUUUUGCUAUGUUCAAAACUUGGUUCAUCACAGUAUGAAUGUAGCAUGGCAAAGUAAAUAUGAUUUGUAACUAAACGAACCAGGUUGUUUGACGGUGGAAGGCAUACUCCAAAGUGAAAAAAAACUGAACUUAAACUAACAAUAGAAUGUUAAUCAAGCCUAUCCUUAGCAUUAUAAAGAGAAAUUCUGAAGUUAACCAGAAAAAUAUAUCAUUCUUACGUAUAGAAGUAUUGAAAAACGAAAAAGAUUAAUUUUUGUAUAUUUUGACUGUUGCGUGCCCAUAUAAAAAUUAAUUGAUUAAAAUUUGCCGCCAUUUCAAAUUUAGCAUGUCAAAGUAGAAAUAUCCAUCUACCGCAAAACAAGUUUUAACUUGGUAAAACACCUUUAGACAACGAAAAUGUACAGUACUAUCAAACUUGAUACCUGGAUUAUGCUGACACAAGCUUUAAAAAAUUUAAAUAGUUACUUCUCCACGAUAAAACUGUACUUAUUCUUUAGUUGUACGGAAGGAAAUUUAAAGCUUACGCAAGCACUACCGCCACUACCGUAAGAUGAAGUGGAAACAGGAUGAAGCCGUUACAUUUAAAUUUCAACUUUUGAGUGUGAGCGUCCAAUAUGAUAAAAUUGAUUCUAAUUCGUGAUUGAUUUAUUUCCCGCCCGACUACAUAUAUGAAUAAACAGAACUGAGAUAGCUGUUUUAUUUUAUUUUUUUAAUUUUGUUUUUUUUAUUCUAGCCAGUGAUGUUGGCCAUCUUGAUAAAAUUAUGGGCAUCACGGAAAGAUUUAUGGCUCAAAAAAUGCUCAAAUGUUCAAAUGCUCUCAAGGUUUAUUUUUUCAUCUAUUCAGUUAGAGCGGUUUUCACUUGACUGUCGAAAGGGAUUGGUUUUGGUUUUGGUUUUGGUUUUACUACGCCCUUUGGUUGGCUAUUGUAUUUACUUUGGUUUUGGUUUUACGACAGUCAAGUGAAAACCGCUCGAUGAGAGAGCUAUUCUAAGGCAUUACCCGUGAUUAAAUUCGAUUGCUGAAUAACGAUUGCCUCAAAAAUAAUGAAAACAUCGCAUUAGCUAAGUUGAGCCUCAAGAUUAUCAACAGAAAUUUUGUAUUUAUUUAUACUCUAAGAACCACUGCAAAAUAAAAAGAGGCUGAGAAUUCAAUUUUAAGCGCAUACUUUUUAGGAUAAAAUUUAUUAGUUAGUAUAUAUUAUUUUGAUCAUGUAAUUAUGAUGAAAAGUGGCACACCUACAUAUUAUUGAAUACAUUGAUUAAUUUACUCAGGCAAAGAUUUGCCGCAAAACAAGUCAUAAUAUACUGCUUUUAGGAAGAGACAUAUAUUGGAGGUGAAAAAAAAAAAGAACUAAUGAAUGCUUCACUUUUAAAAUAAGUGGGUAUUUUCUGUCUCAAAAUACAUGUAUACACUCAUAGUUAAUAAGUUGGUCAGCUUUGAAGAGUUGCCUAAUUUUGUCGAAAAUUUAGUCUUGCUGCAUUGGGUUGUAUCAUAACGUUUGUAACAAAAGUAUAGAUUAAUUUGCCUUGUGGCGGUGUAUUAAGUUGCAUAGGAGAGAGAAACUUGAAAAUAUCACGGCAGUACUUAGCUAUUACAUGGAUAAAAGCAGGUUUGCGGAAGAAAGGGCUGUAUGAUUGUUUAUCUAUAUUUUUCUGUGGGGCCGAAUGUGGGUUAAUGGGGAGAAAGACUGAUUCGUCAUAAGAAACGAUUCCUGCAGUAAUACAAUUCAAACCCGGAGUUACUACAAAACCAGACCGAUUUUAGGCCAAUUUUACCUGUGCCCUGUAAUUCAUCUCGGCGAUACCAUUAAUAUCCGGUCCCCUCAUACAAAAGUACCUUUUAGCAGUGGGUAAAAUAUAGGUUGUAGGAACCCUGGCAAUACUCGAUCGGUAGUUAAGUAGAAAGAUAGGCCCAAUGAUCCGUAGCGUGCAGAAAAUAGCGCUGCUGCACGAUUUGGCCAACAGUUCGCGUCGACAAAUAAUUCACUAUUAGAAAUUAAAAUUUCACUUUAAUAAUAGUCUUAGAAACAACUACUUCUAAUUAAUUUUACUUAUUUAAUUAUUCAACCUUUUCGCCAAUACAAAGUCUACCGAGUUGUAUCUCUCGUUUACUUAUUUCCUUGCACUGUUGUCGACGAUCGGACCUCGAUUCGACAUUUUCCUUGCUGACCCAAUUGUUUGUGAGGAGUUCCACGAAUUAGAUGAACUAUUUAGAAUUGCUACUGUGUUUAUAUUUAAUUUUUUAAAACAGGUCAUUUUAUCAGUUUCCUCAUUGUUUCUUUUGCGGUACGGUUUCUUUUUGGUCCUGAAUUAAAAUAUCCAUCAGAGUUACCUUCAUGAAAAAUAAAAAUAGAUCUGUUUGACCCCCUUUAGAAAAUUGUUGCAAAUCAGACUUUCUAUAACUCGUGUAAUUUCAUUUGGGGAAUUUCAUUAUAGCAGAUUACUUAGUAGGAACGUUCUUCAUAAAGCCAUAAAAUUCGCUGCUUUUUUUCUAUCGUUUCACUUCUAAUUCGUCCUAAUGUAAUACAUUAUCUUGCGUGCGGCAAGGAUUUGCACAAGCAUAAAAGACAAAAAGAAACAAAACUUCAAUGCUUUCCAUGUCAAUUACACAAAAUUGUAUAUCUUUUUUAAAAAUUUCUGGUUAGUCAGUUAGUUAUAAACUAAAAAUUAAUUUUAAACUACAUAUCGCCUCAAAGGGUCGAUUUUUUUAAAUUAAAAAAAAAAAUUCUCCAUCAAUAUUUCUCUUAAAGCUCAGCACUUUCCAUGCAUGUUGUAUUAAACUAUUUUCUGUUUCUUACGCCGGAAAGAAAUCAUCACUUCGUGACAGAAUAACUAUGAGAAUUAACCAUUUGAUUAUGUUGAGGUUAUUUUUAUUUGAUAUUAUUGUUUUUGCGGAGUUAAUUGUCCUCUAUAUUAAAAUGCCUGGGAAAAUUAACACAAAGACCAACUGCUAGAAAGCCUUAUAAAAUGAGUUAUGUCUCGAGACUGCACUUUUGACGCAGCAGAUAUAAGGUCACUGGCAAAGUCGCACAUUUCGAGCUUUAAUCCGUCUCGUCUCUUGAUGGCCAACAUCACUAGUUUCGAUUCUACAAACAUAACUAGCAAACAUGAAGACACCAUCGAAGGCGGCUCGUUAAAAAAUGACCAUUAUGAAGUGGAUGUCGCUACUUUGAUCAUAAACAGCAUCGCUUGUCCUUUUACAGUUCUCCUUAAUGUGUUGGUGAUAAUGGCUGUCAAAAGAAGACGACGACUUCAGACCAAAACCAACAUCUUGCUGGCCUGUCUAGCCGCAACUGACGCCUUAACUGGUCUAAUAACGCAACCAGCCUUUAUUCUCUGGAAAACAUUUGAGAUAACUGGUGCGCUCAACUACAACCCACCUCGCGUGAUCCACAGUUCGGCACUUCGCGCCCUUUCUGUUUGCUCCUGUCUUCAUCUUAUGCUAGUGACUGCUGAGAGACUUGUAGCGAUCAAGUUUACAAUGAAUUACCUAUAUAUUGUAAGUGAAGAAAAAAUUAAGGUAGUAGUUAUCUUGUGUUGGGUCGUCUCUCUCGUUUGUGAGGUUCUCAAAUUUAUCAAACCAGCAAAGAAUUUUUCUUUCUUUUUCAUCGCCUUAACUAUAAGCUCUUGUAUCAUUUUUGUCACUUUUUCAUAUGUGCUGCUGUAUAUUGAAGGUAGACGUCAUCGAAAGCUAAUCAAGACCCAGCAGAUACCCCAAGAAGAAGUAGAGCAUUUCGCGAAAGCGAACAAAGCGUUGAAAACAACUGUAUAUGUAGUUGGCGCUUUAGCAGUGUGUUUUUCGCCAAUAGCCUUAGCUUUUAUUACUCUCUUGCUGAAACGGCCUGAUAUUUUUCCACCACUAUGGGCCCGCACGUUUUCAAUGCUAAAUUCACUUUUAAAUCCGUUUAUUUACUGUUGGAGACAGAAAGAACUGCGGAAGUUUGUUUUU